AUGGAGAUGGAAUGGAUGACGGAGGAUAAAUGGGCCCUCCGGGGAUCCCAGCCCAGUCAGAACCAUUUGCAGAAUGCAGCAUCUCCUGUGUGUGGGAUGGAGUCCUCCGGGUAUUACAACGGGUCUCUGUCCAUCACCGUCUCUGGCUUGGCGUGCUUAAAUUGGUCGGACUUCCCUGAUUACAUUCUGCAGUAUCCAGACCGGGGACUGGGGAACCACAACUACUGUAGGAAUCCCGACGGAGGGGGGGCACCGUGGUGCUUCUACCAGCUGGCUUCUGGAGCCAUCGGCUGGGCUAACUGUGAUUGUAACCAGGGUGCUGUGCGGCUGGCGGAGGGUGGCCGGGUGGAGCUCUAUUUCCGUGGCCUGUGGGGCGCCGUCUGUGGGGAUGAGUGGACAGACAGGGAGGCCAGCGUGGUCUGCAGGCAGCUGGGUCUCAGUGAAAUUGGCACAGCUCGACGGGUGAGCUACUCCGGCCUGGGCCUGGUGCCCUUCCACCUGCAGUCUGCAAACUGUCGUGGGGAUGAGAAGACGCUGUUGCAGUGUGGGUACCGAGAGACGUCCGGGACCUGCCUCCAGGGAGUUGGGGCCACAAACUGCGUUCCUCCUCAAGGUGGAGGGACCCCGCUUCGCCUGGUGGGGGGAAAGGAGAGCUUUGAGGGACGAGUGGAAGUCUACCGCAAUGGCCGCUGGGGCACCGUCUGUGACGACCAGUGGGAUGACCGGGAUGCUGAAGUAGUUUGCCGGCAGCUGGGCCUCAGUGGAAACCCGAAGGCUGCAUCUUGGGCUCACUUUGGGCAGGGCUCAGGCCCGAUCCUCCUGGAUGAAGUGGAGUGCUCAGGGAACGAGCUCUUCCUGGACCAGUGCGAGAAGACUAACUGGGGGGAGCACAACUGUGACCACGUUGAAGAUGCUGGGGUGACCUGUGACCCCUUUACAGAAGGCAGCAUCCGCCUGGUUGGAGGCCCCGCCCCAAACGAAGGGCGGGUGGAGAUAUACCACGGUGGAGAGUGGGGGUGUGUCUGCAACGAUGGCUGGACGGGCAUCACGGCCCAGGUGGCCUGUAGGCAGAUGGGCUUCAGGGGACCAGCCUGGCUGGGGUCAGAGGGGGAGUUUCCUCCGGGCCAAGGAUUCAUCUUGCUGGACGACAUGGCCUGUGUGGGCACGGAGCUCUCUCUCCUGGACUGCUCCCACAGCAACUGGGGCCAGCACGACUGCUCACAUGAGGAGGACGUGGGGGUUCACUGCUCCCCUGAGAACAACAAGGUGACAGAGGAGGCACCAGGACUCCCUGUGCGACUGGUGGAUGGGGAGAGCACCAAAGAGGGGCGUGUGGAGGUCUUCCUGAACGGGCAGUGGGGCAGCAUCUGCGACGAUGGCUGGACAGACAGAGACGCAGUGGUGGUCUGCAGGCAGCUGGGUUACAGUGGAGCUGCAAAAGCCAAGAGCAUGGCCUAUUUUGGGGAAGGGCACGGACCCAUCCACUUGGGCAACGUGGAGUGCAGUGGCACGGAGCACACAUUGGGGGAAUGCGUCGUCCCUAAGAGAGGCCAUCACAACUGCUGGCACAGUGAAGACGCGGGAGUGAUCUGCAGCUACGUGGAAAGGGAGAGCCAGGCCAUCAAAAAUGCAGGUUCAAUAUUGGGCACGUGUGGCUGGCGCUUGCUUCAUCACCGCAAAAAGAGGAUAAUUGGUGGGAAGAAAUCUCUCAGAGGCGGCUGGCCCUGGCAGGUCUCGCUGCGGCUGAAGGGCUUUCACCGGGACGCUCGCUUGCUGUGUGGAGCCACACUGGUCAGCAGCUGCUGGGUGGUGACGGCGGCGCACUGCUUCAAAAGGUUCGGGAUAGAUGUGAGGCGCUACCUGCUGCGGGUGGGGGACUACCACACUGGCGUGAGGGAUGAGUUUGAGAGAGAGCUACCUGUGGAGAAGAUUGUCCUCCACAGGAACUACCGGUCUAGCAGCAACGACAACGACAUUGCCCUGGUCAGGAUUCGGGGGAAAGAUGGCCGCUGCCUCUCCUUCAGCCACCACGUCCUUCCGAUCUGUCUGCCUAGCAGGAAAGAGAAGUCUGCCAUCGAUAGACGGUCCUGUGUCAUAUCUGGCUGGGGAGACACAGGGAAAUCAUAUUCGAGGACGCUACUCCAGGGCUUGGUGCCCCUGCUCUCCCAGAAAGUCUGCAAGUCCCGUUACGGGAAGAAGUUCACGAACCGUAUGCUCUGUGCCGGAAAUCUUUCCGAAGAUAACCGAGUGGACAGCUGCCAGGGCGACAGUGGGGGGCCAUUGAUGUGUCAAAGGUCAAGUGGGCAUUGGGUUAUUCUGGGAAUCACUUCCUGGGGUUAUGGAUGCGGCCAAAAAGAUUCCCCCGGUGUUUACACAAAAGUCAGCAAAUUUGUGCCUUGGAUCAAGAAGGUAACCAAACUGAAGUGAAAAGCAGCCGAGCCAAAGCUGGAUUCAUGUCAGCUUCGCCUCGCUGAAUCUAAAACAGGGAAGAGACCAUUGGCUUCCUUCUGUCUGUAUUUCAUUGUCUGCUGCUGCCCCUGGAACCAAAGAAAAUUUCAGUGCUCCCCAAGAAUAGACUUAGGGCCACUGAUGUGGUUUUCAAAUCCUUGCACUUAUUAUCUUCACAUUAAUUUUAGAUCUUCUUUGACCAAAAGCAAGAAGUAACAGCCGUUCAAGUUUCUCAUACGUCAACAUGUUUCUUCAGGAUCUAUGAGGACUUGAGGUCUUGCUAUAAACGCCACUACUCACCAGCUUUGGCAUAUAUAUAUGUAUUUCAUGACUGUGGCAAAAUGAAAUUUCAUAGAAUGUGUCAGCAAUAAUCCAUUUGCAUGCAA